GCUACUACCAAUCAAGCAUUAAUCUUGAAAAAAGAGCGUUAAAAAAAAUCACAAACGUAUCCAACCAGAAUGGAUGGGAUCGUGUCGGCGCCCACGACGCACGAAGAUGUGACGUCCGCCGUCAUUACGGACCUUGUUUCACUCGCGCGUAGCUCUGAGAAGCGCUGCCCGCAUGCGGACGCGCUGGCACGUGCCCUGGCUGUCGUGUCUCAGUGCUACAGCGUCCCGGUGCCUUCGAGCGCCGCGUCCGCCAUCCCGAAGGCAUUAACGGACGUGUCUGACCUGCUACAGCGCCACCGACUGUAUGCAAACGACAACGCGCCGUCCGUGUAUACGUCCGAGCAGCGUGUCGUGAUCGAGAGCGGCUUGCGACUGCUGUGGACUCACGUGACGACGUAUCAAUUACAUGCGGCGCUGGUAGACGUGGUGCGCACAAUCGACUUCAUGCCGCGUGCUGUGGCUUUCUGGAAGCAGAUGAAGAAGCGCACUGUGCGCGAAAUUCUUCUGAGAGGGCCCAUGCAGUGGAUAUUGUCGCGUGCACAGAGAAUCACCGCCGGAGAGAGAAUCCGAAGCUUGCAAGAGACACUGGAGGCACAUUUGGUACGGGUAUUGUUGAUGUGAACCUAGUAUGAAUUGAAGAGUUAACGAGUGCUGUCAAUGUAAUGCAGAGGAAGAUUGGAAUGCUGAAGGAGCUGACGACGCGAUGCUCGAGCACAUUUGCGAACUACGAGCAGUUGGCGGGGAGGAUGAAGGAGGGCAUGGCAUUGUUGGAGCUCGUGUACAGUACCAAUGGCCUCUGCCCACCUCGUAAAGGACACGGAGCGUUCAAGUCUCAAGACCCAAUUCUCUUCACGGCAUUUUACUUCGAUGAUAACAUCUUCGAGAAAGGUUGCGAUGGCAUUGCUUCGAGUGACGACGUGGUAAACUCGAUGCGUCGUGUGGAGAACAAUUUAAUUGUGUUCCGUACCGCACAGACGCAGUUUUCGCGAUGUUUCCAAGCGGCUAUGGCUCCUUGCCGUCCUCCUUCAAAGAUUCGUCAGCGUUGGCUGCAGGUCACAACGGUGGCGAUCUGUCUUACUGCUGGAGGCUUCUGGGUCGUUAAUAACCAGGAAGAGUUCCGGGCUGGCAUUGCCGCUAUGCACGCGGCACUGCAAGAGUUCCUGAACGAACACAUGCUUGAGCCUCUCCAAGCUAUCUUCGAAGAAGUGGUGUUGAACCAGAAGCCUGAGAUCCAGGACGCUAAGGCUCUACUAGACACGAAGGAUAGUCUGCGCCGCAUGUUGUCGGACUUUGUGAAAGACACGAACCCCAAGGUGUCAUCGGCGGAGAUGAACCGUAUCAUGGACGAGAUGGACAUGUCGGUGGUGUCGUUGCAGUAUGAGAAGCAGCUCGCUGCGGCUGUCAAGAACCUCAUGACGGGAGACAUCGUUCGUAUGCUGCUGAUUCAAGUGCAGUUCAUCAAGAAGGAGCUGAUGGUGGCCAUGGGAGCCAUCGACGAGUUGAUGCAUGCGAACCAGCUGAACAUGCAGAUGAUGGCUACAGUCCCUACCUUCCUCGUCUUCGGCGGCUUGUACAAGUUGGUCACGUCGGCCUUCCACAUGAUCUACAAGCGCAUGAGUGACAGAUUGUUCUACGACUCCCACGAGAUCGCUGGGUUCCUGCGAAACAACUUACGCGACAUCGAGCGUCUUCUUAACAAGCAGAACCGUGGCUCUGGUGUGAGUGACGAGGCAGUGCUGGGCGUCCGCGAUCUUGGAUUUCUCAUCUUGCUGCUGCACCAGCUGCGCGACCUUUUUGAAUCCUAUCGCGCUCUGUUCCAAGAAGAGGAACAGGAGCGGUUCGAAGAGGAUCUGGAUGACCUCAUUGGAGAAGGUCUGCUGGUCUCGCAGCAGUUGGCCGUCAUUCAGCGCAUGUACCAUUCGCAUCCGUUCCUGUACAGCACAAAGCCCAACAAGGCGCGCUGGAUUUUGGACUAAAAAGAGCAAAGCGGGCUUAGCGUAUUGGCAUCACAUCAAACAAAUCUAGCUGAGCUGGUAGUCCUGCGGCGAGUAGUACUCGGCGAGCAAGCGGUAGAUGUACGACGGCUGGUGAGCGCCCGUGUUCGUGAUGAAAAUCCUCACACACUCAGGCGGCACGUAGUCAUACGCCGGGUUCAAUACCUCCAACUAGCAAACACAAAGUAGAGCAAAUGUCAGCGAAUCAAGCCAUCAACCACAGCAAUCAGCAGCAACUCGUACGUUGUCCACGGUGUCCUCGUAGUUGUAGAUGCUUGACGGAGCCAGAAGCUCGCUCAGAACGUCCAAGUCGUGUGCGUACAGUGGAGACAACUUAAUGAGACCAGCAACACAGACGACAGGCACUGAGCACUUCUUGGCAGCCAAUGCAAUGUUUUGCAGUCCGCUCUGCGCAAUAAGACCGCCAUUAGCGACCACAGCCGCUGCCGGGACCACCACCUUGUUUACACGCGCCAUCAAGGCGAAUACAGCGCUGUCCGGAAUUACUGUUACGUGGAUGCCACUCUCCGCCAGAGCAUGUGCCAUGUGCUGGCCAUUCAGCGAAGGCGCAGACUCCACCACGAUCACCUGGAACGAGCGCUUCUUAGCUGCUGUCUUCAGGAAGGCCUCCACCGACAGCGACUGUCCGAACGUCAGGAUCACCUCGCUGUUACAGUUAAAAGAAAAGAAAAAUACAGUAACCUACAUUAGCAAGUUGUAUCGUCAUCAACAUCUCCAGCAACUACGUACUCCGUGUGAAUGUAUUCCAUAGCCUGGUCAGCAAUAUUGACGUGCAGGCUGUCAAUCUCGUCGAC